AAUCAGAAAAAAAAAAUGGCAAAAUCAAAUGUUGGUGUUAUGAGUUUUCUUGUCUUAGCAACGAUUCUAGCCAUUCUUCCAUCAAAAACCCAAGCUUUAAUGCCAUACACACGCCCAUUCUUCGACUUAAUGUUCCCACAAGAAGACCCAUUUAAGAUUCUUGAACAAAACCCACUUACAAGUAUUGAUCAAUCAAUGGCCUUAUUAGCUCGUUCAGAUUGGAAAGAAACAUCGAAAGAACACAUAAUAUCACUUGACAUUCCUGGGAUGAAAAAGGAAGAUAUCAAGAUCGAGGUUGAAGAAAACAGAGUAUUGAGAAUUAGCGGAGAGAGAAAAACAGAGAUGGAGAAUAUUGAAGGUGAGAAAUGGCAUAGAGUUGAGAGAACUUCUGGAAAGUUCUGGAGACAGUUUAAGCUUCCAAGGAAUGUUGAUUUGGAACAUAUUAAAGCUAAUUUAGAAAAUGGGGUGUUGAAGAUUACUGUACCAAAAUUGGCUGAAGAAGAGAAGAAACAGAGUAAAGUGAUUAGUAUUUAUGAAGAAGUAAAUGGUGCUGGUGGUGAAGAUAUUAAAGCUACAAUGUGAUUAUUUUUCAUAAUCAUCAUGUGUUUU